UGUGUGUGAGUGAGUGUGUGUUGGUGCAUUUGUCUUGGGUGGCCGGAGCAGCGUUGGGGAAAUUCCGCUUAUUCUUCUGCAACUUGUUAUUCCGAGGAGUCCGCCUGCACCCCUCACCCCGGGGCGGCCCUCCCGCCGUCGCCGCCGGCCGGCCGCCCGCCCCGGGACCCCGCGCGGGCCCGGGACUCACAGGCCCCUCGGAGAGGGGCCGCGGCCGCCCCUCCCCCCCGGGCCGCGGGGGGAGGGGCGCGCGGAGUGGGACUCUUUCCGUUUGGUCCAGCCCCGCGGUGCACGCAGUUCCCAACACUUCUCGUCAUCCUCUCUCUGCUCUCUUUAUUCUGCUGAGCGGUGCUGUUAGGAUUUCUUUCUCUCUCUCGCUCUCUCUCUUUUUUCCUACCUCCUCUUCCUCCCUUGACCACGCUCGCGAUGCCUUGUAGGAAAGCCAUUACUGAUUUUUCCCUGGGAGUACUGUUACUUAUUUUAAUUUCGCCAUUUUUAACUUAAGUUUUUGGAAAGCUUCACAAACGUUUAAGGUGGUCACACUUUGGACUCAGGCAAAUCCUUAUGGAGCUGGAAGACUAAUACAUUGUGAAGACACCUACCCUGGCCAUACUUUGUUUUAAAGGGAUAAAAGUGAUGGAUGGGACUCUGCUUCCCUUGGCUUUCAAUGGCCCACCCUUUUUCCUGUUCAAUUACCUGGAAGGAGCAGCUUCUGAAACACUCUUCUGUUUACAAGAAGAUCUCUAGCACUAUCCAGCAGGAGGUGCUACAACAAGUUAAAGGGGAGCUCUUAAUUUUAAGGGUUUUAUUGAAGUUCUCUUCUUAUUGAAGUUCUCUUAGCUCAGCUAAGCAACAGGAGUAACGUUCCAGGAAGAUUUUGAGGGACUAGAGAGCUGAAGGAGAGCCAGAUUCUCCAGAAUUGGACUUCUCAGAACCUUUAAUAUGCUAAUGUGCAUUGUGAAUCUCCAAGAUGGGGAUAUGAUAUGCAGCAUUCUUGAAUACUUCUAAUGACAGGGAGCCCACUACCUCAUAAGCUGCAGCAACGAGAGGAGCUUGUAAUUUUAAACGGAGGCUGAAGACACUGUAGAAUUAGCAGACAUACCAGAGCGUGGAGAAGGCAGAGGAUGGAGUUGCAGACUCUACAGGAGGCUCUUAAAGUGGAAAUUCAGGUUCACCAGAAAUUGGUUGCUCAAAUGAAGCAGGAUCCGCAGAUAUUUUUUCUUUCCAAUCAGAAUGCUGACUUAAAGAAACAGCUUCAUGAACUCCAAGCCAAAAUCACAGCUUUGAGUGAGAAACAGAAAAGAGUAGUUGAACAGCUGCGGAAGAACCUGAUAGUCAAGCAGGAGCAGCCAGACAAGUUCCAGAUACAGCCAUUGUCACAGUCUGAGAACAAGCUACAAACAGCACAGCAGCAGCCACUCCAGCCACUGCAGCAGCAGCAACAACAGCAACAGCAGCAGCAGCAGCAGCCGCCGCCACCACCGUCGCAGCAGCAGCAGCAGCAGCAGCAGCAGCAGCCACAGCACGCCCAGCAGUCAGCGGCACCGCCUAGUCUGACUGCAUCACAGAAGACUGUAACUACAGCUUCUAUGAUUACCACAAAGACACUACCUCUCGUCUUGAAAGCAGCAACUGCGACCAUGCCUGCCUCUGUUGUGGGCCAGAGACCUACCAUUGCUAUGGUGACCGCCAUCAACAGCCAGAAGGCUGUGCUCAGCACUGAUGUGCAGAACACACCAGUCAACCUCCAGACGUCUAGUAAGGUCACUGGGCCUGGGGCAGAGGCUGUCCAAAUUGUGGCAAAAAACACAGUCACUCUGCAGGUUCAAGCAACACCUCCUCAGCCCAUCAAAGUACCACAGUUUAUCCCUCCUCCUAGACUUACUCCACGUCCAAACUUUCUUCCACAGGUUCGACCCAAGCCUGUGGCCCAGAAUAACAUUCCUAUCGCUCCAGCGCCUCCUCCCAUGCUUGCAGCUCCUCAGCUUAUCCAGAGGCCUGUCAUGCUGACCAAGUUUACACCCACAACCCUCCCCACGUCCCAGAAUUCCAUCCAUCCUGUCCGUGUUGUCAAUGGACAGACCGCAACCAUAGCCAAAACGUUCCCCAUGGCCCAGCUCACCAGCAUUGUCAUAGCUACUCCAGGGACCAGACUCGCUGGACCUCAGACUGUACAGCUUAGCAAACCAAGCCUGGAGAAACAGACAGUUAAAUCCCACACAGAAACAGAGGAGAAACAAGCAGAGAGCCGUACUGUCACCCCACCUGCUGCACCAAAACCAAAACGAGAAGAGAACCCUCAGAAACUUGCCUUCAUGGUGUCUCUAGGGUUGGUAACACAUGACCAUCUAGAAGAAAUCCAAAGCAAGAGGCAGGAGCGAAAGAGAAGAACAACAGCAAACCCGGUGUACAGUGGGGCCGUCUUUGAGCCAGAGCGGAAGAAGAGUGCAGUCACUUACCUUAACAGCACAAUGCAUCCCGGGACGCGGAAGAGAGGUCGUCCUCCAAAAUACAAUGCAGUGCUGGGGUUUGGAGCCCUUACCCCAACAUCCCCCCCAUCCAGUCAUCCCGACUCCCCUGAAAAUGAAAAGACAGAGACCACAUUCACUUUCCCUGCACCUGUUCAGCCUGUGUCUUUGCCCAGCCCCACCUCCACAGACGGUGAUAUCCAUGAGGAUUUUUGCAGCGUUUGCAGAAAGAGUGGCCAGUUGCUGAUGUGUGACACCUGUUCCCGUGUGUAUCAUCUGGACUGCUUAGAGCCACCCCUGAAAACAAUUCCUAAGGGCAUGUGGAUCUGUCCCAGGUGUCAGGACCAGAUGCUGAAGAAGGAAGAAGCAAUUCCAUGGCCUGGAACCUUAGCCAUUGUUCAUUCCUAUAUCGCCUACAAAGCAGCAAAAGAAGAAGAGAAACAGAAGCUACUUAAGUGGAGUUCAGAUUUAAAACAGGAGCGGGAACAACUGGAGCAGAAGGUGAAAGAGCUCAGCAGUUCUAUAAGUAAAUGUAUGGAGAUGAAGAACACCAUCCUGGCACGGCAGAAGGAGAUGCGCAGCUCCCUGGACAAGGUGAAACAGCUCAUCCGCCUCAUCCACGGCAUCGACCUCUCCAAGCCUGUAGACUCUGAGGCCACUGUGGGGGCCCUCUCCAAUGGCCCAGACUGCACACCCCCUGCCAACACCGCCGCCACACCUGCCCCUUCCCCCUCCUCGCAGAGCUGUACAGUGAACUGUAACCAAGGGGAAGAGACUAAAUAACAGCCCUCGAGGAGAUGCCACAGUCCUGGUGGCAAGGAGACUCUAGAAGAGCAAAGCCGGAUUUCUUCUGGAAAGUACAGAGUUCUUUUGGUUCUUUGGUUCCAGAGAGAGAGAAGAUGCUUGUGCCAGGUGGCACCCGAGUUUGCCAAUUGAUUCUUGUUAUUCUGUGUGUACAUGCAAAGACUGGACCAUGUUACAUGAAAUAGUGCCAGCUGGAGGUUCUUUGCCAGCACCAUGCCAAGUGACAUAAUAUAUUACUCUCUCUAUUAUACACCAGUGUGUGCCUGCAGCAGCCUCCACAGCCACGGUGGGUUCGUUUUUGUUUUGUUGGGUGGGGAGCAGGGAUGGGCGGAGGGAGGAGAGCAGGUUUCAGAUCCUUACUUGGAGCCGUUUGUUUAGGUAGAAAAGACAAGUCCAAAGAGUGUGUGGGCUUUCCUAUUCCUAAACUUUUCACUACCAUAAAACCAAAAAAUGGAAAAAAAAAAAAAAAGAAAAAUAAGGAAAUAGAGAUUUAACUAACCCAGUGCCCAGAAGAGGGACGGGAAGGGCUGGGAGGGGGCAAGGGUGGGAAAGUAUAUGACAUAAGCAGUAUUUAAUGUUCCUGGAGGGGCCUAGUGCCCCAGAGCCCUGGCCCCGCCCCAGCUCACCCCGCCCACAGCCUCCUGCAGCCCCUCCCCUCUGCUUGGUGUAGUGCACAGCCCCAGGUGGUUUCCCUGACUGGCUAAGCCAGGAAGGGAGGGUGCAAGGGGUCCAGAGGGAGGAAGGCGGAUCAGAGGUUUUACUUGAAAACAAGCUCCAUCCCUUUUCUAUAUUUAUAAGAAGAGAAGGUUCUGAGCAGAGCAGCACGGCCCAGGUGUGUGAAUGGAGACGACCCUUUUCUCUUCUUCAAGUUUAUUUUUGUUUCUGUUCUUGUUUUGUUUAAGCAAAAUUUUGUUUUGUUGUUUAUUUUACCUUUUUUUGUAACAAGAACUAAAAUAAGGAAUAGAAAGGCUGUUUUUCAGGCUGACGGUCCUGUUGAGGGUAGCGAGACCUUGCAUGAUAGAGUAGGCGUCCUAGUGUCAAGUGAGGUCGGUGAGUCUGUGUGCGUCCUGUGUCAUCAGUCAGGCACUGUUCUGGUUGUUUUGUUUUGUUUUGUUUAUUUUCUGGUUUUGUUUUCUGGUUUUGUUUUUUGUUUUUUUUCAUGCAAGGGCAAAAAAAAAUCUUUGUACCUGGGGAAACAACAACUUUUUUUUUAAUUAAAAAGGAAAAUAAAAGAUAUUGAGGUCUUCCUAGUGUUACUUAAAUUAAGAUCAAGGUAAGAAACAUUGUAAAAAUUACAAAAGUGCUAUUUGUUUCCUAAAAACAGUGAUUUUUAUUAAAAAGGUGUCAGAACUGGAGAAAAUGCUGUGUAGUUACAGUUUUUGAGCACAGAGCCUACUGAUCCUGAUGACAUUUUGCUGUGUUGUGUCUCUAGACUGGUGCGCCAGUCUCCUGAAGGGCCGGGUCCUCCCACCUCCUCCCUCCUCAGACUUGCCGUCUCCUUGGUACUGGGAUCUCAUCUCCUGUGUUUGAAGCCAAAAUGCAAUGUGCAUACAUAUCGGGGUUCCCACGGUCCCAGACCUUGCUAGAAGGCAAGCUGGUGCCCACCUCCACUUUCCCUCGGUGCUGGCCUGUCUCACAGCCACCAGCAUUACCAAUGCCUCGGGGGCUCCAGGCAACUGGCCGGUGAGUCGCCUCACUGCCUGUAUACUUGGCCUCCGGGAGGGUAUAGGGUGCAGGCUGGCUGCAGCAGGGGAGAUGCCUUGAGGGUCCAUAUGUUUCUGAGAGCUCAGGUGGUCUUCAAGUCCAUCUUGUGUUGAAGAGAGAGGUCUGAAGCUCUAGCAGGCCUCUGCCUGCCAGCCCAAGGUCAGAGUUCACACCCGGUCCCUCCCUCCCAUGCUUCCUGGAGGUCCCUGCGCUACACUCACAAUGCUUGCGCGUAUGGCCUAUUGUAGACUUUUCUUCUUGGAAAAACGGGGUUCUGAAAGGCUCUCUCCUUAUCUCCCCAGCAAUACCAUAGAGAAAGUAAGGCUAUGAACUGCGCGCUCCUCCCACUAGAAAUCUUUAUCUGUCACACGUCCUUGAGUGGAGGGACAGAGGCCUGGGCUCUGCCCCCAAGUCUGGAAGCAUCUCUCUGGAGCCCACUAGGCUCCCAAGUCUAGGAGGAGCAGGAAAGACCCCUUUGCUUCUUCCUUGCCCAGUUAGGUCCAGGGAAAAAAAGCUGGAUCCUGGCCGAAACUACAACAGACAAGAGGUGCUUGUGAGAUCAAGGCCCAUCCACACCAGCCACCCAUUCAUUUCCCAGGGUUUGAGAAGAGGGCAGAUAGUUUGGCCACAUGGGCCUCAGCUUCAGGCCUCUGGCUUUGGGUUGACUGACGGGAGCAGAGAAAACCCUCUUUUCUUAUUUAGGAACUAAGGUGCUGUCUAGUUAGCAGGCGUUGGAGAUGCCUGGACUAGUUGGAUCUUUGGCAGGAUCAGAGACCAGCUUCAGGCUGAUAUCCUGUCUCUGCUCCCCCAGCCUGCCAACCCCUGUUGGACUUGUCUGGGCCCGUAGGCUGGGGCUUGGUACACACUGCCUACCUGUGACGGGAAGAGGUUGACAAGCCAUCAACAAUCACUACAGGCCUUUGCUCCAGAAGAGCGCAGGAGCUGGGCAGCAGACUCCCAUCUUCUGAUGCUUGGAAACCAGCUGCCUUGAGUCCACUGGAGUGACAUGAAGAGUAUAGCCAGGCUCCAAGCCUCUACUGCGGGCCCCUCCCCUCCCGUCUACCUGCCCUUACCUCUGUCAGCAGAGCUUCUUUCUGUCCCCUUAGACCUGUGAGUACCUGGGACAUACACACAUGCUGCUCCCCCCCCCCCCCAGCUGUCUCUAAGCCCGCACCUUCCCUCCCUACCUGCAGUGUGUUGUUGCUCUUACAGACACAUGUGUAAGGCUCGCUAGUGUGGCAGUCACUUUGGAGGGCCUUGGACUGGGAGUCCCCUUGUCCCCCUGGUCAGGCUGGCAGGUCAGCACCAUUGCCUUUCUCCCUGAAGGCUCGUCUUUCUUUCUUUCUGAGCCACUGUCUUGUCUGCCUCCACUGAGCUCGACCAGUUCUCAUUUUUCCUUGCUUAUCUGGCUUUGGGAGGUAAGCCUGCUGCUGAUGGCACCCUUCAGGAAAGACUGGAAAGCAGUCCCUGAAUGGCUCUGCCUCAGUGGGGCCUUUGCCUCUGGCCAAUAACAACCACAGGCAGCCUCCUGCGAUUGGCAUCGUCUUAGGGCCCCCUCUGCUGCUGCUGCUGCUGCUGCUGCUGCUGCUGCUGCUGCUGCUGCUGCUGCUGCUGGUCUCAUGCCCAGCAGGCAGUGGUAAGGGUACAUGUGUGCCCAGCACUGCCUGAGUGACUGUUUCCAGCUGUCUGUCUACACCUACAGCUGCCUCUCUGCCACCUCUCUGAUGCUUCUGAUGCUCCCUCUUGGGGCUAUUGGAGCCUUGACUCUCACACCAGCCCCCCUCCUUGCUGCUCACAACCUUUAAAAGGCCUCUUCCCUUUAGGCCCUUCUUUGGUAUGGAUCUUAACUAAAGGGCUGAAUGCUUGAGGACACUGCUCCAGGGGCAGGACUAGGAUGGAGCAGUGGCCCUUUUCUGGACACUGAGUUCUCCAGACCCCAUGGCUUGUGUUGAAUGCAGGCCACUUUGCUCUGUGUAAAUGACUGUGGACCUUGCCCCGCCCCUCAUCCCAGUACCCCUGGCAGAAAACAGGAGUAUCUUUCUCAUCCUGCCUUCAGCUGGUGCUCCUGAUCAGCUCCUCCCAAGAAGGAAUUGGGUAACCCCCCGGGGAAGAUUCCUCUGGUCCUCUCCAGGGAAUGAAGAAUUUCACCUGGCAGCUGUGGCCCCUGCAUCCCUCUCCAGUGUUCUUGUGCUUAGCCCAGAGUGAGUUGCAGUCAGGUGGGUGGGCUGAGCAGACCGGAAGUGAGGGAGCUCCGCGCAUAGAGCCAGCCAGACCCAGUGCCGUCUGUGUCCGUGCCCUCUGUGAUUUCAGUCUUGGUAGAAUUUGUAUUUGGAGUUUUGUGCUUCAAAGUUUCUGUUUUGUUUGUUUGGUUUUUGUUUUGAGGGGGUGGGGGGUACAGAGCAGCCGAUCAAUUUGUAUUUAUUUAUUUUAACAUUUUACUAAAUAAAGCCAAAUAAAGCCUC